UAUAGGGUGGCUGUGAUGGGCUGGACUGCUGAAAACGAAAGUGUUGGGCUCUACGAUCAGGUUUCAUUGUUUUCCAGUCGGCUGGCUGCUCCUGUAGUGGCAGGAAAUGGACCCAUCUAAGGAGGUAGCUGCCUCUGAGAAGGAAAGGACACCAGCAGGGGAGGAGAGUGAAGAGCUGUCCAGCGAACUCCCCAGCACCUCUUCUGGAAUGUUGACCCUGUCUGGAGAGAAGCGUCGUGGUCUGGAUACUGUGAUCUCUAGGCUGGAGGUGGAACUGAAGGUGCUGAAGCAAGCAGAGUUCAACAUCUAUAAGCAGUCUGCCACUCUCCCCAGCACCUCUUCUAGAAGGUUGACCCUGUCUGUGGAGGAGCAUGAUCUGGAGACUAAAAUCUCUAUGCUGGAGAAGAAGCUGGGGUUCAUGAAGAAAACAUUGGAUAUUCCAGCUCUGCUGCUGACCGGUCUGGAGGAGCUCACUGAAGAACAGCUGAAGACAUUUCAGUCUUACCUGACUAGUGGCAGGAUGUUAGGCUUUCCUCUCAUCCCAGAGAGCCAGCUGGAGAACACUGACAGACAGGACACAGUGGAUCAGAUGGUGAAGAGAUACGACCCUGAGGGAGCUGUGAGGAACACAAUCUGGAUCCUGAGGGAGAUGGACCGACAUGAUGUAGCAGAGAAGUUAGAGAGAGAUCACACUAGAGCAACAACAUGGUGGAGAGACUCAUCAGACAGUGAUAAAUGGAGAAGGAGGAAGGAGGGUGCAGUAAUGAGGAGACGCUCCAUGUUGGAUGUUCCAGCUCUGCUGCUGACCGGUCUGGAGGAGCUCACUGAAGAACAGCUGAAGACAUUUCAGUUUUACCUGUGUCAUGCACAAGUGUCAUUCACUAGUGGCAGGAUGUUAGGCUUUCCUCCCAUCCCAGAGAGACAGCUGGAGAACACUGACAGACAGGUCACAGUGGAUCAGAUGGUGAAGAGAUACGACCCUGAGGGAGCUGUGAGGAACACACUGAGGAUCCUGAGGGGGAUGAAGCGGGUAGACCUAGCAGAGAAGUUACAGAGAGAUCACAUUAGAGCUGUAUCUACAACAGAAACAAAAUGGUGGAGCGACUCAUCAGACACUGACAGUGAUGAAGAGAGAGAGAAGAAACAUGUCUAUCUGUCUGGACGUUCUAGAGCCUUGGACAGAGAGGCAGCAGGCAGCAAAGACACUGGAAUCACAAAGGACAAAUAUGAACUGGUCACGAAACCUGCAGAGAAGAAAAGAGAAGCUCUGCUGCUGGCCACUCUGGAGGAGCUGAGCACAGAUGAGCUGAAGAUAUUUCAGCAGGAACUGACUCCAAGCAAACAGCUUCCACCUUACCUGACUGGCUUUCCUCCCAUCCCAAAAACUCAACUGGUGAACAAUGACAGACAGGUCAUAGUGGAUCAGAUGCUGAAGAGGUACAGCCCUGAGGGAGUUGUGGAGAUCACACUGAGGAUCCUGAGGAGGAUGAACCGGGAAGAUAUACCUCACAGUAGAGCAAAGAAAGAAAUGAGAACAAUUAAGAAACUAUCCAGGCUUGGUAUAGUUUCUAGGGGCAAAAAGAUUGAGGAGCAUUGUGUCCCACUGACUGGCAGAGCCCCGUUGUUCAUCAAACAUAAGAAAACCACAAAGGUCGAGAUGGACAUUUCAACCAUCUUAGGGAGCCAACCGGAGAUGGCGAACAGUCUCAACGCCGAGGUAUCUGUGAACACCCAGGAGAACACACAGGAGAAGACCCAGGAGAACACCCAGAAGACCACCCAGGAGACCACCCAGGAGACCACCCAGGAGAACACCCAGGAGAACACACAGGAGAACACCCAGGAGAACACCCAGGAGAACACCCAGAAGACCACCCAGGAGAACACACAGGAGAACACCCAGGAGACCACCCAGGAGAACACCCAGGAGAACACCCAGGAGAACACCCAGGAGAAGACCCAGGAGAACACCCAGGAGAACACCCAGAGGAUUGAUGAUGAGGAGUUGGGAAGAGAAAGGGAUUCUCCUCUCCUGGAUCACCAUCACAUGAGUUCUCCAGAUGAAUUUACACCUGAUAUCCACGAUCAGGACAACAGGGGAGAGUACCAGUUCUAGUGCCCCAGUGCAGGUCUGUUCCAGUGCAGUAUAACAGGCCUGGUGUUCAGGAUGGAGGGAGAGGGAGAGGUGCUCUAUAGGACAG